AAAACAACAUUUGUGGGCUGCGCGUUGACGAAAUUUGUUUGUGAAAUUUUUCGUUCGUAGGACCAAUUGCUUAUCUUCAGUCCGAAAUUGCCCCGCAUUCACGUGUCCGUGUAAUAUGUAAACGGUUUGUGUCUUUUAUCUGAUUCACUGAUCGGAAUCCGAUUUUUACAUAAAUAUAUAUAUGGUACAUAUAUCCGAAGUCCAGUUAACCUUACGUAAUUGAGUGUGAAUUUAAGCAACCAAAAUGCAUUUCGAUCCCCAAAAAUCUCUAAUAACCGCCUGCUACGAGUGCUAAAAAAAUCAAACAAACCCAAUAAGAGCGGCGAAAAGAGUGCAAAAGAGGAAGAUAGAGUAAGAGCCAGCUUUAAAGGGAUCCAGAAAAAGGAGUUGAUCGGCUAACUGGAAGCGGAAACGGCAACGGCAAACGGAUACGGAAGCUGGCAAGAUGGCCGCCGCCCACAGCCACCUCAAUGCCAAUCUGCUCAGCUCGGACAUCUCACGCAGAAAUCCGCAGGACGAGUACGAGCUCAUCCAGAAGAUUGGCUCGGGAACCUACGGCGAUGUCUAUAAGGCCAAGCGGAUACAGAGCAAUGAGCUGGCCGCCAUCAAGGUCAUCAAGCUGGAACCCUCCGACGACAUACAGAUCAUCCAGCAGGAGAUCAUCAUGAUGAGGGACUGCCGCCACCCGAACAUCAUCGCCUACUACGGAUCGUACCUGCGCAGGGAUAAGCUCUGGAUCUGCAUGGAGUUCUGUGGCGGUGGCAGUCUGCAGGACAUCUACCAGGUCACUGGACCCCUCACCGAGGUCCAGAUCGCCUACAUGUGCCGGGAGACGCUCAAAGGACUCGAGUACCUGCACUCCAUGGGAAAAAUGCACCGCGACAUCAAGGGUGCGAAUAUCCUGUUGACGGAGUACGGUGACGUUAAACUGGCGGACUUUGGGGUUUCGGCGCAAAUAACGGCCACAAUUAACAAGCGCAAGAGCUUCAUAGGCACACCCUACUGGAUGGCUCCCGAAGUGGCAGCCGUGGAGCGAAAAGGUGGCUAUAAUCAACUUUGUGAUAUUUGGGCCUGUGGUAUAACCGCAAUCGAGCUCGCCGAGCUGCAGCCACCGAUGUUCGAUCUGCACCCGAUGCGGGCCCUCUUCCUGAUGUCGAAGAGCGGCUUCAAGCCGCCCACCCUGAACAACAAGGACAAGUGGAGCCCCACGUUCCACAACUUCAUCAAGACGGCGCUGACGAAGAACCCGAAGAAGCGACCCACCGCCGAGCGCCUGCUGCAGCAUCCCUUCGUCCAGUGCGAGAUGUCCUUGCGGGUGGCCAAGGAGCUGCUGCAGAAGUACCAGAGUCCCAACCCGCAGUUCUACUACUAUCUGGAUGGCGAUGAGGAGUCUGUGGCCGGUGUGCCGCAGCGCAUUGCCAGCAAAAUGACGUCACGCACUAAUGGCGUCCCAGCACAAAAUCACACACUAAAAACAGGCAUGACGACGAACUCCACGUGGAAUGAGCGAUCUUCUAGUCCCGAGACGUUACCCAGUGACAUUCCCAGCGCCGAGCGAUCUAGACCGAAAUUGAGCGGCACCCUGAUUAUGAACAUGUCUUUAAGGAGCCUCUUACAAUAUAUUGAUGAGGAGCUGAAGCUAAGAGCGACCUUGCCACUGAUCAGCGACACCAAAGAUCCACUCGCCGCCGAGUGCAGCUGCUCCUCCCACAACGGAGGAGCCGCCGGAGUAGGAGUAGGAGUAGGAGGAGGAGGAGGAGGAGGAGCAGGCGGGGCAGCUGCGAACGGCAGCAGCAGCAGCAGCGGCGGCGGCGCUGGCGGAGCAGUCGGCACCACCCAUCAUCAGCACCACCAACACCACCAGCAUCACCACCAUCCGAAUCAUCCGAAUCACCUGCAUCAGCAUCAGCAACAUCCAUUGCCGCAGCAGCAACAGCAGCAGGCGCAACAGCAGCAGCAGCAGGCGCAUCAGCAGCAGCAGCAGCAGCAGGCGGCACAGCAGCAGCCACACCAGCCACAUCAUCACCACCAUCCAAUGACCUCGUCCAUGUCGAGCGGUUCGGUGACCGCCGCCAAUGCCAACUGCAUCAGUGCGUCCGCCUCGCUCGCCUCCAUGCCGGGCCUCAGUGCCUAUUUGGGCAUGGGUCCCCAUGUGGGUGGCCACAUGGGCUUGGGCCUGGGCCUGGGAUUGGGCAUGGGCCUCGGCCUGUCCAAUCUGCGCACCACCAGCAUCGAUGCCGACGACGACGACGAUGACCUGGUGGCUGCCGAUGUGGCCAUGAACAAUGCUGCUGCCGCCGUUCCUGGGAACGGACCUGGUGCCGGCAAUGGCUCCGGCUCCGGUUCCGGUUCAGGGUCCGGUUGCUCCGCCUCUGCGGCGCACUAUCUGCGGUACAGCAGCAACUACCGCUCGGCCGCCGCGGCUCAGGCAUCGCAGGCGGCCCAUCCGAACGCCAAUGCGAACUCAAACUUAAACUCGAACAAUGGCCAUGGCCACGCGCCGAUCUCAUCCAGCAUCUCGUCCUCUGCGUCAUCAGCUUCGUUUUAUAAUCGCCUCCUACUCCUCGAUAAUUCCAGCGGCGAUGCAGUCGUCGGCGGCAACGGAGGCGGCAGCAGCAGCAACCACAGCAGCAGCGGCGGAGUAGCAGGUGGUAGCACCAAUGGCCUCUUGGAUAAGCACGAUUCGGAGGUCACUCCCCAGGCUGGCCAGCAGUCCGUCGGCGAUGGCUUCGCGCAUUCCCACAGCCCGGCGGCGAACUCGGUAUUCGGCGCGACAGGAUCGAAGGAGAACGAUGGACCGUCGUCGAGCAACUCCUCGCAUCUCUACCAGAAUCUGCUGAGGAGCAGCUCGGGAGAGGCGCCAGCGGGUUCUAAUGCGGCGGGCAACAACUGUGAUUACCGGCACGAGAGCAACCAGAAUGGUCUGGAAGACUCGCCUCGACGCCAUAGCUCCAUGGAUCAGCUUAUUGGGUUGAUCAACGACAUGGGCAAAUCUUCGAGGACGCGCAGCCUCAGCGAUGGCGGCACUCAGGAUGACGACGAAGCGGAGAAGGAGGCGCAACCGGACCUGCUGAACAACACCCCACCGGUGCCACCAAAGCGCUCCCACAAGCGCCGCCACACGCCCCCUCGUCCUAUUUCCAAUGGACUGCCGCCCACUCCCAAGGUGCACAUGGGCGCCUGCUUCUCGAAGAUCUUCAACGGCUGCCCCUUGCGGGUGCACUGCACCGCCUCGUGGAUCCACCCGGAGACGCGGGACCAGCACCUCCUGAUCGGGGCCGAGGAGGGCAUCUACAACCUCAACAUGAACGAACUGCACGACGCGGCCAUCGAUCAGGUGUUCCCGCGCCGCACCACCUGGCUGUAUGUCAUCAAGGAUGUGCUCAUGAGUCUGUCAGGCAAAUCCUGCCAGCUGUAUAGGCACGACCUGGUUGCCCUACACUCCAAGCAGACGGUGCGCUUCUCGCUGCACAUGAACAAGAUCCCGGAGCGAUUGGUGCCGCGCAAGUUCGCUCUGACCACCAAGGUGCCGGACACGAAGUGCUGCACGCAGUGCUGUGUGACGCGGAACCCGUACAACGGAUACAAAUACCUGUGUGGGGCGACGCCCAGCGGCAUUUUCCUGAUGCAGUGGUACGAUCCACUGAACAAGUUUAUGCUGCUGAAGCAGUGCGAGUGGCCAGCCAUCAGCAUUCAAGGCGGAGGUCAUGGCUGUGUCCAGAACGGCCACACGCCCGUGUUCGAGAUGAUUAUCACGCCGGAGCUGGAGUACCCGAUAGUUUGUACGGGUGUGCGCAAGGCCAUGAACGGCUGCCUCAAACUGGAGCUGAUCAACAUGAACAGUGCCAGCUGGUUCCACUCGGAGGACCUGGAGUAUGACGCCAUGGCCACGAUGGUGCCGCGACGCGACCUGCUGAAGGUGGUGCGUGUGCACCAGGUGGAGAAGGACGCCAUCCUGGUCUGCCACGGCAAUCUGAUACAGGUGGUCACGCUGCAGGGCAAUCCCAAGCAGCACAAGAAGAUGGUAUCGCAGCUCAACUUUGACUUCAACGUGGACAGUAUUGUAUGUUUACCGGACAGCGUUUUGGCAUUCCAUAAGCACGGCAUGCAGGGGAAGUCGUUGCGCAACGGCGAGGUGACGCAGGAGAUUAAGGACAUGAGUCGCACCUACAGGCUGCUGGGCAGCGAUAAGGUUGUGGCAUUGGAGAGCCAGCUGCUGAGGACCGGCUCUUUGGGCAGCGAGGAGGGACACGAUCUGUACAUUCUGGCUGGGCACGAGGCCAGCUACUAAGCCACUGGGCGCCCGAUUAAUUCACUGUUAUAUUUUAAAUAUAAUCCGGUACACCACACACACACACACACACAGACACACGUUUUAAGGGCCGCGCCGCCGUCGUCGUCAACUAUUAACUGUAAUUUAAUUACUCGUAGACUAAGCAGUAAAUUACUGAUCAUAGAGGACUAGAGAGAGCCAGUUGCAUGUCGAGCGUUCGAUAGCUUAGAUUAGCGCAAUUUUACCGCACCUAGAAGAGGCAGCCUUCGAACAAGAGAUCCACACUACCAAGCACACUGAUGCACUGAUGGGGUACUCCUCGGCCCGAUUUGCUAUCUUUCGAUCUGCCGAUCACUCGAUAUACAUAUAUUAGACGUCUGCGUCUGCCCGAUUCCGUUGUAGCUAUAUUUUUGUAUUACAAAGAAAAAUGCUUUAAUUUAUACAACCAACUUUAAUGACCUAAGGUAAUCGCUACGGAUAGUUAUGUUAAAGAGAUUUGUGUACACGCUUCACAAAGCCAAUAGAUACGUUUCCAAAUAGUCAGUCGGCAGGAGAAUCCAAUUAUACAUUAACUAAUACACGCAAUUAUCCACACGAUUCGAGAACCACUAAGGCAAUUAGAACUAAUAAAUACUUCUUAGACUAUAGCAAUUGUAAAUCGCAAUGUUUUUAGCUGGUUAAACUGCUUUCGAUUGGCUCAAAACCGCAACGGAAAUUUAAGGAUGAGGGAAUGAGGGAGGGGAGCGAUCUAGGAUGAUACGGUUUGUUGGGAAACAAAACUAGCUAGUAAGACUUUUCUAACCUAGUAACACGAAUUAACAAAAAUAAAUUCAAAUUAAAGGUCUGUAUCUGUAUGUUAAACGAAUAAACUGAUUGUCAUAGUUACGGUUUUAGGCUAAGCUAAGCGAUGAAUGCAGACAUCUUUCCGAGCAGCACUUUUCGUCGAUUGAGUUGUAAAAAUAUUCUACUAGACCUUAAGUUAUUUAGUUCAUACGACAAAGCAAAAAACCGAAAAUUACAAACUAAUACAGAGAAAAACAAACAGAUAAACCCACAAAAUUGUUGAACUCUAGUUUAGUGCAAGAAUAAAAAGUAUGUGAAAGAAA